AUGUUUUCCAAGAAGCGUGCCGAGCCGAUUCAGUUGCCUUCGCCUUACGUUCUGAGUCCCAGUGGGCAGUACGAAGGAAAUGACGGGAAGUGGUCUACGUUCUUCAUCAAUGUCGGCGACGACGCCAAGAACAACAGCAACGGCCAGAACUUCAGGGUACUCAUAUCCACUUCUUCGCCUGCUACCCUCGUACCGCAACAGACCGACUGGUGUUCUGAUCCCACUCCUGAAGAGUGUGCAGCGAAUCGUGGUAUCUUGCCAUACGAAGGCCGUCCGUCUCUAGGUUUCGAUGACGAAAAAUCUUCAACAUGGCAGACUGCAGGAGUCUACACUAUUCCGGUACCCGAGUGGUACAAUGACACAUUGCAAGCGGAGGAACCAGCCGCAGUUUGGGGUGUGGAUAAUGUUGGCCUGGGUGAGAGUUCACCAGGAGGCUUUAUCCUGGCGGAGCAGUAUGUCGUGAAGUACACCGUUGCAAACUUCUACAUGGGUUCCCUUGGGCUCGCUGUUGGAUCUACCGGACCCCCUGGCGCACUCAAACCAAACUUCAUGGACAACAUGUACGGAAGCGCCCACAGAAUUGCGAGCAAUAACAACAACGGAGUUACAGGAAGCUUGGUGAUCGGCGGUUACGAUAAAUCGCGACUUUCCGAUCUAGGUGUCUCGAUCAGUAUGCCCAGCCGGCAGAACAACACGCUUGCUGUUGGCGUCAUUUCCAUUCUCUGGAAGCCAGACCAAGACGCCGAAGCCACCACAACUUCUUUCACCAAGGGAGGAUUUCCUGCUACCAUCGAUUCCACAUUACCGUAUCUUAUCCUUCCGGACGAAGUCUGUGACCUAUUCGUCACUACUUUCGGUCUGACCUUAGACGAGGAUGUCCAGCUGUAUACUGUCAACGACUCAUCGCACCAGCAGAAUCUACGACUAAACCCAACACUAUCCUUCAAGAUCGGCGCCAAUACUGGUGGCGACAGCACAGACUUUACGGACAUAACUCUCCCAUACUCGGCGCUGGACCAGCAAGCCGGAUAUCCACUCUUCUUCAAUACAACCCGUUAUCUUCCCAUAAAGCGAUCACUAAAUGGAAGAUUCGUGUUGGGGCGCACAUUUCUGCAGGAAGCGUACAUCGUGGUCGACUACGAACACCAGAAUUUCACGGUCGCUCCAGCCACAUUUUCUGAUCCAAUGCCAGAUCCGAGUCUAGUCACCAUAUUCGAUAGGUCUUACACUGGCCUACCGACACCGCCAGAGUCUGAGUCUGGAGGUGGGCUAUCGGCAGGCGCAAUCGCAGGGAUUGUUGUCGGCAUCGUUGGCGCUUUCAUCAUUGUCGCAAUCGGUGCUUACCUUCUAUGGAGGAAGAAGCGCCGGACGGCAAAGGAACCCGAAGAAAACACCGAAAAGCCGUCUGAGAUUGACACAACUUUUGCUGGUACUGAGAUCAAGUAUCGUCGUGUCUCAGAGCUCACUGGCUCUGAAGCUCCUCAUUCACCAAAAGACCCUGCAGCAGGCUAUUACAGUGUUGAUCACAAAUCCUACCCACCUAUCAGCGAAAUGUCUCCGGAGAGCACCCCCGCUGAGCUUUACAGCCCUCCGCCAGAUGGUCGCAAUUCGCCCGACUACUUCUCCAAUGGCAGGUAUAGCGUGCCUCUUGCAGAACUUCCCGGCGGAGAUACGAUCAGCUCAAUGCCUAGUAAAAACUCAGACAUGAAGCCAAUGCAGAAACCUCCACACAGCCGAAGUCCAAGUGACAACUCACUUUCGACCAAUAUCGACGAAGUACUAGCAAAGAAGGCGCCUGAAGCUGGACCAGAUGGCGAAGCCACAAGAUCAGCAGUGGAGCCUGGAGCGCCAGCCACUGCUGAAGAGAUUACCAAAGCAAAGGCAGGCGCACAACCCGAAGCGGACAACGAUGCGGAAGAGGCGGCGAUCGAACGACGGCCGUCACACACCAGAGGACUGAGCGACACAACCAUUCAAAGCGAUAGUACAGCAGUCUCGCAACCAACACCCGAAGAGCUAGAGCGCUGGGCGAGAAGUGUAGAUGGCCAAAGUAGGCCCAUGUCUCCAUCAUGA